UUAGCGGAGCAACACACACGUACGCGCCGGGCAUGGACGAGCUUCUCUCCCCGUACGCCCCUUUCUUCCCGUCAUCGCCGCCAUCCCAGUUCUCCACCGCCGAGGGGCACCACCACCAUGUCUUCGAGCUCGCCUCCUGCGAGGUCCCCGAGCAAUGGCUAGUCGGCGACACCGUCGUGCCGGCCAAGAGCGAGCACGGAGAUUAUGUGUGGCCUGCGGGGAGCUCCUCGCUGUCCCCGGACUUGCCGGGGGACAGCCUGCAGCCAUCGACGACGAAGCGGCGUGGGCGGAAGCCCGGGCCGCGGCCUGAUGGGCCCGCCGUCAGCCACGUGGAGGCCGAGAGGCAGCGCCGCGACAAGCUGAAUCGCCGGUUCUGCGACCUGCGUGCCGCCGUGCCCAACGUGUCCCGCAUGGACAAGGCCUCCCUCCUCGCCGACGCCGUCGCCUACAUCACCGACCUGCGGUCCCGCGUCGCGCGACUGGAGGUAGAGGGCCGGCAGGCGGCCGCCGCGAGGUGCGAGGCGUGGAACGCGUCUGCUUCUUCGUCCUGGGGUGGCCACGCCGGGGCCUCCCUGCACCACGUGGCCGCCGACGAUGUGGUGGAGGUGCGGAUGGUGGGGAAGGACGCGGCGGCAGUGCGCAUGAUGAGCCCGGGACAAGCCCCGCACGCGCCAGCGCGGCUGAUGAGUGCGCUCCGGUCGCUAGAGCUGCAGGUACAGCACGCGUGCGUGAACCGCGUGGAGGGCGUGACGGUGCAGGACGUCGUCGUCGACGUGCCCGCUGCCCUACAGGACGACGACGGCGACGGCGCCCUCCGGUCCGCGCUGCUCCAGAGGCUACGUUACACCGCCUAGUAGCGCUACCUAGAGCCUAGAGCAGCGCCGGCCUACGCUUUCGCACGUACGCACCCACCGUUGACCGUUCCGGAGUACUAUAACGGUACUCACUCCGUAAACUAAUAUAAGAGGGUUUAGAACACUACUUUAGUGAUAUAAACCCUCUUAUAUUAGUUUACUUAGGGAGUAUAUCUGUUGUCCUGCUAUUCUCCAUGGUCCAUGAAAUGGAAUAAAUCAUACGACGAAUGUAUUCAUAGUUCCAUGGUCAUCAUGGAAUAUCAUUG